AUGAUUAAUAGGAGGCUGACCUGGUUCCUUGAGACCAACAAUAUUCUUAGGAGUGAACAAGCAGGCCUUCCACAGGGAGCUGUCACAAGCUGCACUCUUUUCAAUGUCUUCAUCAAUGACAUAGCCGAAUUGGUACAGACAGUCACGGGCNUUAAAGCAUUCAUUGGACAAAGAUCGUGUAAAGUCAGAUAUGGAAAUGCUCUAUCAAAAUCCAAUCUUUUACAAACAGGCCUUCCACAGGGAGCUGUCACAAGCUGCACUCUUUUCAACGUCUUCAUCAAUGACAUAGCCGAAUUAGUACAGACAGUCACGGGCAUCAAGUGCUUACUUUAUACAAAUGAUCUUGUGCUGUGGUAUUCUGCCCCUAAGAAAAACGCUCAGGAAAGGACAGAAAAUGCCCUAAAUGAUGAGCUUAAACUACUGGCAAACUGGUCCGACAACAAUGGAAUGGUUAUCAACACCAUGAAAGCUGCAUUCCAAAUAUUUUCUCUGGCCCGUCACAGCAUAAACCCGCUUCUAAUGUACAAGUAUACUACCCUAGAAAGAACCAAUGAGUUCACAUAUCUCGGAGUGACUUUUGACGCAAAGCUAACGUGGAAAAGUCACAUUGCUAAAAUAGCAGAACGAGUCUCCAGUAGACAGAAUGUACUGAAGCGUCUUGCUGGUAGCGUAUGGGGCUGUGCAAGCUCAACUCUAAACACCACUUACAAAAUGUUUAUUCAGCCACUCAUUACAGCCACGGAGGUGUCUAUUCCGAACUCUUCUCUUCCUACGCAGCAGAGGGACACAAUAGAUACGCUUUUGAAAGAGAAAUAA